CGGAAGUGUGGGAGGGUCUGCGGGGCGGGAUCCUGGAGGUCCCGGGGGAGGAUGGAGCAGUGAGCGGGUCUGGGCGGCUGCCGGCAGCGCCAUGGAGACGGUGCAGCUCAGGAACCCGCCGCGCCGGCAGCUGAAAAAGUUAGAUGAAGAUAGUUUAACUAAACAACCAGAAGAAGUGUUUGAUGUCUUAGAGAAACUUGGAGAAGGGUCCUAUGGCAGCGUGUACAAAGCUAUUCAUAAAGAGACAGGUCAGAUUGUUGCUAUUAAGCAAGUUCCUGUGGAGUCAGACCUGCAGGAGAUAAUCAAAGAAAUCUCUAUAAUGCAGCAAUGUGACAGCCCUCAUGUAGUCAAAUAUUAUGGCAGUUAUUUUAAGAACACAGACUUGUGGAUUGUGAUGGAGUACUGUGGGGCUGGUUCUGUGUCUGAUAUCAUUCGAUUACGAAAUAAAACGUUAACAGAAGAUGAAAUAGCUACAAUAUUACAGUCAACACUUAAGGGACUGGAAUACCUUCAUUUUAUGAGAAAAAUACACCGAGAUAUCAAGGCAGGAAAUAUUUUACUAAAUACAGAAGGUCAUGCCAAACUUGCAGAUUUUGGGGUAGCAGGUCAACUUACAGAUACCAUGGCCAAGCGAAAUACAGUGAUAGGAACACCAUUUUGGAUGGCUCCAGAAGUGAUUCAGGAAAUUGGGUACAACUGUGUGGCAGACAUCUGGUCGUUGGGAAUAACAGCCAUAGAAAUGGCUGAAGGAAAACCCCCAUAUGCUGAUAUCCAUCCAAUGAGGGCAAUCUUCAUGAUUCCUACCAACCCACCUCCCACAUUCCGAAAGCCAGAACUGUGGUCAGAUAGCUUCAUGGAUUUUGUGAAGCAGUGUCUCAUAAAGAGCCCUGAGCAGAGAGCCACGGCCACUCAACUCCUACAGCACCCAUUUGUCAAGAGUGCCAAAGGAGUGUCCAUACUGCGGGAUUUAAUUAACGAAGCCAUGGACGUGAAGCUGAAACGCCAGGAAGCCCAGCAGCGGGAGGUGGACCAGGACGAUGAAGAAAACUCAGAGGAGGAUGAAAUGGAUUCUGGCACGAUGGUCCGAGCAGCAGGGGACGAGAUGGGCACUGUCCGAGUAGCCAGCACCAUCAGUGAUGGGGCCAAUACUAUGAUCGAACACGAUGACACAUUGCCAUCUCAGCUGGGCACCAUGGUGAUCAACUCAGAGGAGGAGGAAGAGGAAGGCACUAUGAAAAGAAGGGAUGAGACCAUGCAGCCUGCAAGACCAUCUUUCCUUGAAUACUUUGAACAAAAAGAAAAGGAAAAUCAAAUCAACAGCUUUGGCAAGAGCGUCCCUGGCCCACUGAAGAACUCUUCAGAUUGGAAAGUUCCACAGGAUGGAGACUAUGAGUUCCUGAAGAGUUGGACAGUGGAGGACCUUCAGAAGAGGCUCUUGGCCCUGGACCCCAUGAUGGAGCAGGAGAUUGAAGAGAUCCGGCAGAAGUACCAGUCGAAGCGGCAGCCCAUCCUUGAUGCCAUUGAGGCCAAGAAGCGGCGGCAGCAAAACUUCUGAGGGAGGUCAGGCCGGCGGGGCCCCAGGCCGACGGUGAACUCUGGCUCGCUCGCCCCUCCAGCUGCCUCCAUCAUCUCUCCAGCCCCUCUGUGAACUCAGGAACGUGCGCCAGUGGCCAGGGCUGCCGUGCCGGUCAGCGCGCCGCCCUGAUGUGUGUAUUUAAACUGGGCAGUUAUAUCAUUUCAGAAGAUUCAUGUGGGCGCUUUGAAACUCAGAGUUUUCAACCCCAGAAACAGAGACUCCUAGUUGAGUGAGAGCUGGGAAAGUGUCCCAUUGUCUUUUGUUUUUCUUCUCCCAGUAGCUUUCAGUGGUUCUUUCUGGAAGACUUUAAAAAAUAUAUAUAAAUAUGCAUAUAUAUAUAAAUUAUAACUAGAUGCCCCACAUGGCGUGGUGGCAUCUCUGUAUAGGUACAGUUUUAAACAGUUGCCUCUUUUCUGUAAGAUUAUGGUACUAUGGGACACGAGGGCAGAGAACACCAGGAGACUGUUGGGGGCGCUCCACCCCCUGGAGCCAACCCCACCCUUUUGCAGGGCUGCACUGACAGAUUAGGUUGGGGCCGGUUCCUUUACCACGCUUUCAGCCUUGUGCAGGCCAUCCCUGGCUUCUGGAGCUAUCAGUGAUGCCCAAGGGAAAGCCUUGAGCACUGGUGUUUACUUUCUGAGUCCCAGGAGAAGCCUGGCACACUCCUUGCAAGACUGGCCUUUGCAGUUUCAAUGCCUUUCAUCCAUCUCUACUCUCCCAACUGCCUAGAGUUACAGCAAAGACACUGCCCAGUGCCUUAAGAGGAGACGUGAUCCAGCAAGGGGACAGGCCUGCCAGGAACUCCUAGCAAAGUGGAGCUGUGUUCAGUCUGCAAAAGGGAAAAGGUUUUUGAAGUUCUCAUCAUCCAUGUGAAGAUUACACACGUGGCGUUUUGCUCCACAUUCCUUACAGACAGGGGUAGAGGGCAUUGCUUUUGAGACCCACAUUCAAACAUGGGACUGUUUUCUUUUUCAUUUUACUGCUGCGGGGUCUGGAAAGGGUAAAUGAAUAUCAGACUAAGAUUUGUUCUCCAGGAGACUCAACCCAGACCCGUAAAAUGCCAGAGCUGGAAGGGACCAUAGGCAUCAUCUGGUCUAACAGAGGCUUAGAGAGGAGAAGUGACAUGGCCCAAAUCACAAAGCAAAUUAAAGUAAGAGCUGGAAUUGGACUUUGGGGCUUCUCACUCCUGCUUCACUGAACCAAGCAGCCCCUUCUUGGAGGGAAGACACUUGUGUCAGUUUUGGUGAAGUUGUUUCAGGGAAUCCUGCUAAUGGAAACUUGCUCUUGCUUUGUCACUUCGGUAGGCGACUGGCUGUGAAGAGGUUCCCAAGGGGAGCCAGAUCGUUCCGUUUCAGCCAUUCCGUGAGCUCCACAGCAUCUGCCGGGCAGCAGACAGGCAUCACGCGGGCAGAUGUAGGGCCUAAAGCAGAUCAGAGGGCUUUGCAGCAGACAGCACUGAGCCAUCCCUCUGGAGCCUUGGCUCAAGGCCACAUGUCACUUAGUCACACAGCCAAGAGCAGACAGUUGGGAAAGACAACUGUCUUUUUGUUUUCUAGUACCUCUUCCCCUCAGAUAGGGGAGCUUUGACUAGGUUGCACCUAAGGAUACUGUAAUUUGAUUCCAUUAUUGCUUUUGCUACCCGAACCUGGGGAUCAGUGAAGAGUCAGGGAAUGUUCCUCUUCUGUGGCCGGAUUCUGUUCUUUGCAAUUACAGCAAGUUUUUUAAAAUGCAAGAGGCUGUUGUCGGUCUGCAGGGCUUGGCCAGCUAAGCAGCCUUGUGGCAGGUACAGACAACAGAGGACAAUUCGAGGAUCCCGCUACAAUAAUAAACGGCAGCUAGCGAUCAUGACCACUCAUUAUACGCCAGGCACUGCGCUAGGUAGGUAGGCUCUUUGUGGCAGCUCCAAACUUCCCAGUAACUCUGUGAAUUAUGUACGUUAUCUCCAUUUCACAGAUGAGGAAACAGGUUCAGAGAGAAAAAAGUUCUUUCACAAGGUGGUGCAGGUAGUAAGUGGUAGAAUCCGGAUUCAUAGCCUCACCAUGUGGGACCAGUAUUUACAGGGAAAAGGAAAGUCACAAGUUGUCUUUUUUUAUUUUUUUUAAAUUUUAUUCAAGUAUAGUUGAUUUACGAUGUGUUAAUUUCUGCUGUACAGCAAAGUGAUUCAGUUAUACAUAUAUAUACAUUCUUUUUCACAUUCUUUUCCAUUAUGGUUUAUCACAGGAUAUUGAAUAUAGUUCCCUGUUUAUCCAACAAGUCUUUGUAAAAAUGAAAUGACCACUUUUCUUGCACAGACUAAAAAACUCUAGCUGGCAUUCUCAGGUUGGGAAACCAGUGAAUUAGUAGUCAAGUCUGACAGCCAAGUGAGUUUUAAAACCCAGAGUAUGGAGCAUGAAUUUUCCUACACCAUCUGCUGCGCUAAUUAACAGUCCUGCCUCAGUCUCUCUCUCUUUCUCUCUCUUUCUUUUAAAGGAUUUUGCACUUGGCCAGACAGGAAGGGAAUGCCCAUUCUUCUCCCUUCCUAAGCUAGAGCCAAGUAAAAGAAGGUUCGGUUUUCCCCCAUAAAUAUUCUUGGGUGAUGAAUCUCGAUCUAAGGUUUAUUUUGUUUCAAGCAUGUGUGCAUCCAGCAUGCUGGUUCAACAAAGUACAUUGCUUUCCAGUCUAGCUAGGCAGAGCCCUUUGGCCAAAAGUCAGUUUUUUUUGGAUGAGAUGGAUUUCCUGACGAGGUGUGUUUGUUUUCUUGUGACAGGAGGGCAGAGAAGCAAAUCCUAGUCAUUUUUUUCCUUGAAUACUAAAUUCAAGAUAGGUCAGCUGGCUUCCGUUGAGCCCUGAGUGUCAGUCAUUGCUUGAGCAUUUGUGACUCAAGCUUCCUGGGCCUCUCACUUGUUCUCUCCUAGGAAACAACGACCCAGACCUAACUGUGUCUUUUAAAAAUCUCAGAUUCUCCAGGAAUAUCUUUAUUGCUUCCUCAUCAGUAAUUUUGAAGCGAAUUUCCAUUUUUCUUUUUCCUUGUCCCUUCUCCCAACCACCAAUUGGAUGGACGGAUGGAUUGGUGGAUGAAUGUUUGACUUGAUGGAUACGUGGUUAAAUAGAUAGAUAGACGGACACACAGACAGACCCAGUACUCCAAAGCAACUUAAGAACUAUAGCCUUGACUCCUCCAGACUGUAGGUUCUGAUCCAGGAAACAUUUAUUUAGCACCUGCUGCCAGAGAUGUAUUAUUAUACCAUUUAAAAUUCAGUUGUGCUUACCAAUAUGAGGAAUGAGAGAGGUGACAUCAUUACAGAUCCUACAGAUAUUAAAAGGCUAAUAACAACUUUAUGAAUAACUUUAUGCUAAUAAAUUCAACAACUUAAAUAAAAUGGACAAAUUCCUUGAAAGAUACAAAGUACGUACCAUAGCUCACUCAAGAAGAAGUAGAUGAUCUGAAUAACCCUUUAUCUUUGAAAACUUAAUGGCUCUGGGUGAUACAGGUAUUACUGUCCUCAUUUUACAGAUAAGGAAACUGAGGCUCAAGAGAGGUAAGGUCUGUUGCUCAAGGUCAAGUAGCUAGAAUAUGGCAGAGCCAGAAUUCAAAUCCAGGUCUUCUGAUCCUUAUUCCAGGGCCCUUUCUAGCAUACCAUGUUGCCUCUAAAGAUUGCAGCUCCUUUUUUACUGGAAAAUUGUUCCUGCCCAGUCCACAUCCUCUCACACCAUUCUUUCUUAAGCACUAUGUCUGUAUUUUCAUCAGGAUUAUAGUCAUUGUAUUUGGAAUCCAUGUUCUUUUUUGUGUUUCGAAAAAGAAAAUCUCUUCUACCAGCUUGCACUCAGACCAACUUGGAAAAAAAAAAAGAGCUUAAAUGCUGUUGCAGACGUACAACUUAAAAAUGUGAAGUUUGUAGCUUUAACUUUUUGUAACAAAAACUAAUAACACUGGCUUAAGAGCUGACUUGAAAUGCUAUUUUAUAAAGUUUGGAUGUAAAUAACCAAUCGAGGUCAGCAGUUUGUAUAUGUAUGAGACAUAGCUUCCUCCACUGCCUUUUUUAAAAAAAAAAUUGAGAUGCUUCCUAUGUGCUUUUAUGUUAGAAUUGUUGUUCUCCCUCCUUCCUCCUUCCUCCACCUUGUCACCUUUGUUUUAAAUAAACUGUCAUUUGGACCAGA